UAUGAUCGUUAAGCCGGGAAUGAUGUAUGAUACAGGAGUUACAUAUUUGAAAAGUGGCACUCAGCUUACUCAGCCUCAUCAUCGAAGAUCUGGGGUACAGCGACGGCAGCCACGGCGGCUGCCCACGGAACAGGAGGCUCUCGCUGCCGCAACAGCGGGAGGACUACCAACUGGUUCAUCGUCAUCUGACUCGUCUUCUUCCGUAUCUGGGGCGCGUCUCCGUUUUUCGCUCCGAGCAUCCAGUUGCUUCUGUGUCCCAAAGUAGCCGUCGGGAACCAUCAUCGAGUGUCGUAGCUGAUCGUUCCUGAGACGACUGGUUCCCUCCGUUUGCACAUAAGAACCUUCAAGUUUUCAAAACAGGGUGCGAAGGCGAGUAGUAUGGGUGUCUCCAAGAUCUUGGGCGUAUACAUAUACCCGGCCUUGAGGUACCCCAUACUUGAAUAAUUGGACCCAGAACGCUGCCACUUCGCAAAGGACUAGGAAAAGUCGAAGUCCUGGCGGGCAACGUUUA